AUGAUACAUAUACGUCAAAUUAAGAAAAAUUUACACACUGUGAUACCAAGUCCUUCAAAGACAAAAAAGACCAAAGCUUUUAAAUUUCCAUCAAAGAAAGAAAAACGAGAAAAAUCCAGGGAAAAAGAAGCUAAAGAGAAAGAUGCUGAAAAGGAGAAGGAUAAGAAAAAAAAAGACAAAGAUGAAAAAGAUGUAGACAAGGAAAAGCGCAAGGAAAAGGAGAAGGAUAAGGCUAAACAAAAAUUAAAGGAUCGUAAAAAAGGAAAGCAUACUGGAGAAGAAUGUUUAGACAUUGGUGAGGAACAACCAGUGUUUGGUGUUAGCCUGCAUUUAGCAGUAGAACGAAGUCGUUGUCAUGAUGGUGUUGAACUGCCUUUAGUUGUAAGAGAUUGCAUUGAUUAUGUGGAAGAACAUGGAAUGAAUAUAGAGGGUUUGUAUAAAGUUCCAGGAGUAAAAUCAAAAGUUCAACACUUGAAAAAAUUGUAUAACAACAGAGAACCUGCAAAUAUAUCUGAGUUUGAACCUACAGUAGCUACAAGCUUACUCAUAUUAUUUCUUAGAGAGCUACCAGAACCUGUACUGGAGAACAGCGAGACGAUAUCUCGAUUUGAGCAAGCUGCAUCCACGAAAGAUGUUGCACAGAGGGAAGCACAAUUAGUACAGUUAACUCAACAACUACCAGAAUGUAACAAAGUUCUUCUUGCAUGGGUUAUAUUACAUUUAGACCAUGUCACAGCACGAGAAAAAACAACAAAAAUGAAUGCUCAAACUGUCUCAAUGACAUUAAGUCCUGUACUACAAAUGAGUCAUAGAUUGUUAUUAGCUUUGUUAUUCCAUUGCAAAGCUCUCUUUCCAAAUGUACAAUUAACGAAAUAUGUUCCACCACUUUCAUCUGGCAGUGUUAAUCUUCCAGACUCUAUAGAAAGUAUAACUGCUGAACUAUCUAAACAAGAAUCAUUACUCUCGCAGAUACAUAUGCAAAUGAAUGCAGGUUUCGUUACUAAAACGCGUGAGGAACAACUAUGGGAAGUGCAACGCAUGAUAACGCAAUUAAAGAGAAAAUAUAAAACUGUUCAAAAGUUGGUGGAAGGUGCUACACAAAAAAGUUUAGACGAAGAUGUGAAAUCGACCGAUGAAAAUGUAGUCGAGUCAAGUUCACAGAAAGUAAAAGUUGAAGAAGAAGAUUCGGGACAUGUAAAACCUGAAACUCAAUCGACGUAUACUUCGACCUUAAAAAGGGAUAAUAAAGCACAUGGUUCGGAAGACAGAGAACCAACAAGUACAAAUAUUACUCAAAAUGAAAGAAACGUUCAAACACUUGAUAAGGAUAGUGUCGAUUCUGCUGAACCAUCUGCGCUUGCAUCACAACCCAGUGAACAAGAAAAUACAUCUAGAACAAAUGAAAGUGCUUCAGCCGUAGAACCGGAGCCUGAAAAUGUUAUAGAUAAACUGAGAGAGAGUCUAAUUUACGAGGAAUUGCUAAACAUGCAGGCGUUACUAAAAUCGCGAUUAAAUCAAGAAAGAAAUGAAAUUAAGCGACUAACGGAAAUGUUAUUAGAGCGUGGACCAGAGAAAAAGAAACCACAGGAACGAGUACAUUCGCCGAAUGAAGCUGAAAUGACAGCCAUGAUUCAAUUAGUCAAAGAAAACCAGUUGCUCGAGAAGAAAAUGACCACUUUAAUUCGCAGCAUCAUAGAAGAAAAAGACGCUUGCAUCGAGCUCCGUGUUCAAUUAGCAGUUCAACAAUUAACAAGCCAAGACUUGAAAUAA